ACAGCGACAGUUUUACUCGUGCCACGCAUGAAAUACGGUUAGGUCUGCUCGGUAGUUUUUCCAUUGAGGUGGCAGGAUGUUGAGCUCCAGGAAAAGCCUUCCAAAGGACUGUAAAUUAUCAUCCGGAACAACCGAUCUAUGCCGUUGCAGUUUGGGCGGUGAUUCGACUUUUCUCUUCGCAGCAACAGCUGGCUGCAAACUGAGAAAAUCCAUGAUGUCCUGCACUGUAGCUGAAAUUACAAGACCACUGACCUGUGUGUCUGGGAGACCUGCUGCCAACAGUGACUGCUGCUUUCCUCAAAUAGGACUAAAUAAAAGUCAGCCUCAAGCCCUAAACAAUCAGUCAUGGACAGGUGAAAACUGAGAGGCCAGUACGUGGCCUUUACUUACUCUGUUAUCCACAAAGGACAUGAGCAUAUUCUCAGCUUUAACAGUUUCUUUUCAGAUGUUGUAUUUUGCCAUGUAAAAAAAGAAGAAGAUGCCUUUAAAUAUUAGAGCCAAGCCCACACAGAGCAAGCUUUCUGCUGCUGCAAAAGGUAGUGGGCACACCGAUGGCAACUCAUCUCAUUCACGUUUCUCAAGGUCCCCUAAACACGGGAAAGGCAAACAGGCUGUAAGCUCAGCACCAGGGGCCCGUUCAGGGUUAGAACCAGGCUCUGUGUCAGGAGGUGUGCCUGCAACACCAUCUAAACUGACUGGGGGACAAGGGUCAGUGUCAAGGCCAGGUUCAAAAAUCAAAGCUGAGCCAGAAGCAGGCAAAGGGUCAACGCGUGGUUCAGCGACAGCACCAGGGGGUAAAACCUUGUCUAUGGAGAAUAUUCAGUCUUUGAGUGCUGCAUAUGCCACAUCAGGUACUAUGUAUCCCAGUGAGCGGGAGUCCUUGGAACCCUCUGGUGGGUACCCCAAAGGCACCAUGACACUAGGUAGAAGUACCAGCCGCUCCUCCUACACUGGCCGGACGACAGCUACGGGAAGCAGCCCAAACAUCACAUCUUCUGGGAUGCAUCACUUGUCAGAUCCUUGUGGAGACCAGAGUUUUCUUUCUGGAGGGACUUCUAGUUUACGGCGGCAGUCUGGAAGACUCACACAGAUAAUGAAUUCGACUGGACGUGGAGAGGUUUCCACAUUUGAUCUCCAUUCUCAGCUGAGGGAUCUGCAGAGAGAGAACAACAACCUGCGAAGAGAACUGGAAGGAGGUAGGGAUGGAAGGACAGGCCCCAGCAUGAACAGCGUCAACUUUUGGAGCCCAGAUGUAAAGAGAGAAAAGGGCGUGAGGCGAGAGGAGGGAGCGAGGAGCUCCAUUGUGAAAGACCAGCACAGGACAAACCAAGAAGAUUUGCAGCCUGGGAAUAACAGAAGAAACAAGCAGCUUCCUUUAACAGUUCAGGAGCUUCAGGAGGAGCUGAGGGCUCAUAGAGAGAUGAACAGUCGCUCCCAGCAGCACCGUCAGCAGGGGAACUCCUAUCGAGAGCUCCAUAUGGACCAGGACCUCAGAGGGGGACUCAGCCCUGGCCACAGUCCCAGACAAAGCCCCAGCAACCUGCAGAGUCCUGGACCAAAGAGCAGCCCUAGAGCCAGCCCAUCCAACACCUACAAUCCAAGGCAACAGGAAGCUGACAUCAUCAUUCACAGCCCUGGAUACGGCUGUAACACUGCAGUAGCCGCACAAAGAAUCAGCCCAGCUGACACCCUUCAGCGUGGGCUGAGGAGCAGCCCAAAUCAGCCUCUCUACAGUCCUAGCCAAGGUCCCGGGAUUGUACCCAGCUCUGGUUCUCUUCACCCUUGUAGUCCCUGUCAGGUGCCUGGGUGUGACGGCUUUUCCUCACCUCCUCCCCUGGUUCCAUCAGAGGAGAACUUCUUCCAACUGCAGUCAGAGCACGAGCGGCAGGCCAAGGAGCUAUCCCUGCUGAGGAAGACCAUGGAAGAGAUGGAGAUGAGAAUUGAUUCUCAGAAGCAGACGCUGGGCGCCCGGGACGAGAGCAUCCAGAGACUGUUAGAGAUGCUUCAAGGCCAAAGCCAAGGUCAAGGUCAGGGACACUGGGGACGGGGACAGCGGACAGGCAUAAUAACCAUGGCAGCACAGGAGGCUGAAGCCCAGCUGGAGAACGUGCAUUUGAGAGAGGACACCAAGAUCUCUUCCCUGGAGAGGAACAUCAGAGACUUAGAGGAUGAAGUCCAGAUGCUAAAGACCAGCGGCCUGCUGCACUCUGAUGAGAGGCAGGAUGAGCUCAAGCAGGUGGAGGUCUACAAGAGCCAUUCUAAAUUCAUGAAGACUAAGAUAGAGCAGCUGAAGCAGGAGCUGAACAGGAAGGAGUCUGAGAUGCAGGCGCUGCAGACCAAACUAGAAACACUGACCAAUCAGAACUCGGACUGCAAGCAGCACAUCGAAGUGCUAAAAGAGUCGCUCAGUGCCAAGGAGCAGCGCGCCAAUACACUCCAGACAGAGGUAGAUGCUCUGCGAGUGCGUCUGGAGGAGAAGGAGCAGUUCCUGACCAAGAAGACCAAACAGUUGCAGGACUUGACUGAUGAAAAGAGCACACUAACGGGAGAAAUCAGAGACAUGAAGGACAUGCUGGACGUCAAGGAGAGGAAGAUUAAUGUCUUGCAGAAAAAAAUUGAGAACCUGCUGGAGCAGUUAAAGGACAAGGACAAACAGGUGGCUGGAUUGAGGGAAAGGGUUCAGGGCCUUCAAACCGACUCCAGCAACACAGACACGGCUCUGGCUACACUGGAAGAAGCUUUAUCAGAAAAGGAGCGAGUGAUUGAAAACCUCCGGGAACAAAAGGACCGGGAGGACAGGGUUCGGCUGGAGGAGCUGGAGCAGCUGAGAAAGGAGAACCACGAAUUAAAAGACAAACUGUCAGUCAUGCACCCCCAGAAACAGCCUCAGAACCAGCUCGGUAACCCCAGCCCAUCCCAGAACCAGAGACCAGAUGCAGAGGUGAAAACCAAAGUAGACGGGCCACCAGCAGUGAGCCCCACGAUCCAAACUACAGAGGAAGCAGUCAAGAUGUGUCCGGAUAUCACAGAUCGUCUGAGGGUCCUAGAGCAGGAAGUUGGCCGCUACAGAGAGGAAUCCAGGAAGUCACAAGCUGAAGUGGAGAGGCUGAUGGGAGCUUUAAAGGAUGCCGAGAUGGACAAAUCCUGCAAGGAGAAAAAAAUCUCUGAUCUUGAAAGACAUGGACAAAUCAAGUCUCCUAACAUCCAGAAGCAGACGGUGCCAGGUGAGAUGAGGAAAGACGCCCUGAUUGAUGGACAUCCCCACUCGUUAUCACAGCUGGAGGAGCUGAUGGGAGCUUUGGAGAAGACGCGCCAGGAGCUGGACGCCACAAAACUGCGUCUGUCCUCCACUCAGCAGUCGCUGCAUGAAAGAGACGGACAUCUGAACAGUCUGCGACAGGAGAGACGAAAGCAGCUGGAGGAGAUUCUGGAGAUGAAGCAGCAGGCUUUGCUUGCAGCCAUCAGUGAAAAGGAUGCCAACAUCGCCCUGCUAGAAUUAUCCUCCUCCAAACGCAAGAAAGCCCAGGAGGAAGUGAUGGCUCUGAAGAGGGAGAAGGACAGGCUCAUGCACCAGCUCAAACAGCAGACUCAAAGCAGAAUGAAGAUGAUUGCUGAUAACUACGAGGAAGAUUACAUCCAUCCCCAGCAUCACCCUCAUCAUUCGCACCACAUGCACCCAGCAAAUGUCCAUCACCGAAGCUUGCCACGAGCACCUCUCCACGCCAACCACCGACCCCCUGUGGAGCAGGAUGAUGAAGAGGGAAUAUGGGCAUGAUGACCACCAACAUGACCACCCACAUCCGUUUCUUCACAAUACCAGGCAUCAGCUACAAGAACACAGAUACACCGGCUCAUAUAUCCUUCACCAUCGAGACCACCAGACCUGAUUAAACACAGAUAUAAAUGCACACUCAAGCACCCACCAUUGCACUUGGAAUCUGGUGAAGUUUUCAGAUGGGCAGAAAUGAGUUAUUCUAGCAACUGGUAUGCAGUGGCCCACAGAAGACCUGGGAACACUGUGUGUGCACCUCAUCAGAACAUCUGGCAUCAGUGUGGCAAGCGGUCCACUGCCUUCAUUUCUCCAGCUUUCUUCAGUUGGAAGCUGGAUUUAUUUUACAGUACCGUGGUGCUACAGAGUCCUGGCUUCUCAUCAACCGUCCCCCAAACAACUGUUGACUAUGAGUGCGGCCGAGCUGAGCCAGAGGAACUCAUGCCAGCUCUAGACUCUUUUAUGGUAGCACGAAAAGUAUUCACGUUUGCAGCUAAAUAUCAGACUUGUGUAAAUAUGACAACACGGACCUUGUAAUCCAUAAUCCACAGAGACCUUCUCAAUGUAUUGUGCCAAAGGAGAUAUCUGCUGAGAUACAUCACUGAAAUGACACUGCAACUGAGUGCUUUGUAAAACCACCCUUGCCCAUCUCCCAUUUCCUGCAGAGAUGUUUGAUGAUUAGCUUCCUUCUUUUCCAAGAAUAGGGUCCUUAGUUAACUGGGAGGAAAACACAGCUGACCUCAAAGCAGCCAACUUAUUAUAAGAAAAGUCUGCAUACAUUUCUCCUUGUGUUCGCCUUGCCUCCCCUUCAUUGUUUAGUGAACCACUUUCAUGUUCUGUUUGAUUUUCUACAGCUGAAACUAUUUGAGUGCCACUUUUCUUCUUCUUUUUUAAAUAUCACAGAUUCGUGUGACUUAUUGUUCUGAUUUCAACGAGUGGUGUAUUAUGUUACUGUCUACUGAUCUGUGAAUCUGAGUGACUAAUCUGAUUAUAAUCAAGUGUCUUGCAUUAAUACUUUUUUUCACUGUACUGGAGCUUGACCUGAUGUGAUGACAAUGUACAAUUGCAGUUUAAUUUAGCAGCAUAGUGGUGUUUUCAUUUGGUUGUUACCUAAUAUGUACAGUUUUUGUAGUGUGUGUGUGCGUGCGUGUGUGUGUGGUUUUGUGCUACACUGUCUUCAUGUGAUGAUAUGAACGUUUGGGGGUAACAGCAGUCGCCCUUGACUUCUUCCACAGUGGUUUGCAGUGAUCAGCCUGUUUCUGUUGUUUGAAUAAAAUAUUGGUUU